UGGCGUUUAACUUGCCGGAAGUUCGUGCCUUCAGCCGGGACAGCUGAAGGAAUCCGGCUUUCAACCAGCGCUGACCUGCGAUAAACCGCUCCAGUGGGCUGUGGACACGCGUGGGAGCUGACAGUGAAGGCGUGAAGUCACCCGAGGGGCUUUUAAUCAGGGAAACGGGACGUGAAGCGGGGAUGGCCGCUUUAGGCAGCGCCGGUCGCUUCUUUCACUUUGCCAGGAGCAGCGUGGGUCUGACUGUGAGGAGGAGAUCCACGGCUGCAGCUUUAGCCCAGAAUGCAGCUCCGGAGUCUCAGGAGAACAGGAAACCUAAAACAGGAAUCCUGAUGCUGAACAUGGGCGGACCGGAGAAGCUGGAGGACGUUCACGACUUCCUGCUGCGGCUCUUCAUGGACACGGAUCUGAUGAAGCUCCCCGUUCAGAAUAAGCUGGGCCCGUUCAUCGCCAAGCGGCGAACCCCGAAGAUCCAGGAGCAGUACAGUAAGAUCGGAGGAGGCUCUCCCAUCAGACGCUGGACCUCCAUGCAGGGGGAGGGCAUGGUGAAGCUGCUGGACGAGGCCAGCCCAGACACAGCUCCUCAUAAGUUCUACAUCGGCUUCCGGUACGUGAACCCGCUGACGGAGGAGGCCAUCGAGGAGAUGGAGAAGGACGGGGUGGAGCGGGCCGUGGCGUUCACCCAGUACCCCCAGUACAGCUGCUCCACCACAGGAAGCAGUCUGAACGCCAUCUACCGUUACUAUAGAAACAGAGGGGACCGGCCGAAGAUGCGUUGGAGCGUCAUCGACCGCUGGCCCACACACCCCCUGCUGGUGGAGUGUUUUACAGAACACAUCAGGAACGAGCUGCUGAAGUUUCCUGAAGAUAAGAGAGACGAUGUGGUCAUCCUGUUCUCGGCUCAUUCGCUGCCCAUGGCGGUGGUGAACCGAGGCGAUCCGUAUCCCCAGGAAGUGGGCGCCACAGUGCAGAGGGUCAUGGAGCGACUGGGACACUGUAACCCCUACAGACUGGUGUGGCAGUCCAGGGUGGGACCCAUGGCGUGGCUCGGCCCGCAGACGGACGAGGUGAUCAAAGGUCUGAGCGAGCGAGGAAAGAAGAACAUCCUGCUGGUUCCCAUCGCCUUCACGUCGGACCACAUAGAGACGCUGCACGAGCUGGACAUCGAGUACGCCCAGGUGUUGGCCGAGGAGUGCGGCGUGGAGAACAUCCGGAGAGCAGAGUCGCUGAAUGGGAAUCCUCUCUUCAUGAAGGCUCUGGCAGAUCUGGUCCAGUCCCACCUGAAGUCCAACGAGCCGUGUUCCCGCCAGCUGACGCUUCGCUGCCCGCUGUGCACCAACCCCACCUGUGGAGAAACCAAGGCCUUCUUCGCCAGCCAGAAACUGUCAUGAAGGCAUUUUUUUGGCGCCCUGAAAGGAGCAAACUGGAGACGCUAGGAGCCUCUUCUCAACGAGCACCGUUCCGCUAGCAGUAGCGGCUGGACGGCAGCUCCACCUUCGUUUAUUCAGAUUCCCUUUGAUCCAAGUCUGUCUAGAUAAAAUAAUUGAUUACGACACUUUUUAAUUUCUUUGUUUCAUUUAAUUUUAAGUUUCUGAUUCCUACAUCCAGAAAAAUUCAUCUGUUCCAUCCAUCAACAAAGGCCUCUACUGUGAAGCCUUUCUCAGUGUGCUAGUUAGCAUUACCGAUAAGCUAAUUUCAUCAUGUAGGCAUGAUGUCACUAUGAUUGUCUAAAGCUCAAAAACCGCCAACAAAUCCCUGAUUCUGAUACAUGGAAGGGCUUAUAGUGUUUUUUGUUUUGUUUGUUUCUUUUGGCAUGUCUGUUAUGCACCAGAUUACAACGCGGUAUUAGGGCCAGGCUAGAAUUUUGUUUUUUUUUUUAUUACGAGAAUAAAGUCGUAAAAUUACGCAAAUAAAGUCGUAAAAUGA